AAUUAUAAUAUUCCAUAAUCUCUUCGUAAUCAAGAGAGUGGGAGAAGAGUCGAGCUCGAAACCCAGAAAAAUAAUGGCGCCUUCUCUGCAGUUGUUCCAUCCUCCGAAGCCCCUCACGCACUUCAAUCGCUUCUCAUCCACCUCCUCAAGGCCUGCUUCCGUAAGGUGUUCUGCAGCCGCCGCUCCUGCUUCCGUUCCCCCCCUUAUUGCGUCAGGGAUCACAUACGAGUUCCGAGAGAUGCUUCUGGGUGGCGCUGCAUUGGACGCCACCGGAGUCCCCAUGCCCAACGAGACCCUUUCUGUUUCGAAGCAAUCCGAUGCCGUUCUUCUUGGUGCCAUUGGAGGCUAUAAAUGGGAUAAAAACGAGAAACAUCUGAAGCCAGAGACUGGGUUGCUUCAUCUCCGGCCUGGCCUUCAAGUUUUUGCAAAUCUCAGACCAGCCACUGUCUUCCCACAGUUGGUGGAUGCUUCAACCCUUAAGAAAGAGGUUGCUGAAGGUGUUGAUCUCAUGGUUGUGAGGGAACUCAAUGGCGGUAUAUAUUUUGGAAAACCCAGGGGCUUUGGAACCAAUGAAAAUGGCCAGGAGACUGGAUUUAACAUUGAGAUUUACUCUGCUCAUGAGGGAAUGUUCAAGGAUGUUAAUGUAUAAAAAAUUAAUCAUGAUAUGGGGCAUCCAACGAAAUAGGACCAAGAUGAUAUGCAACUCUUGCGACCAUCUCCUUGGCUACAUCUACGAUGACGACCCUCCAUUCACUGAUACUCCCAAUGUAACACCCUAACUUUUAGCACCUCAUGAUCGUACUAAAAGUUUAGGUGUUACUUACCUCUAACCCUUUUUAUUUUAUACUAUAUUUAUUUAAUAUUGAGCCUUCGUGAAUACGAAUCGGAAUUUUAAUCAAGAAAACGGAAGGUCUUUACUGUAAAACUCUUAAUCACAAAAAUAUACUGAGUAGGCACAGGAAGGUGGCAACACCACCAAUGUCAAUGAAAAUACCACUGAAGGAGGGACAGUAUUAAAUUCCGUGGUGAGUCCAAUGUAUAAGAAUAGAUAUGUUAUAUUAUUUUGUUGUUUGCUCUCUGUAACUCUUUAAUUUGUCACAGACCAGGGCAUGAAAAGCCAAGAAGAAAUUGCCAAAAAUUCUAUAAGAGUUGGAGCAGUGGCCCAAACUCAGAGUGAAGAAAUUCCAUUGUCACAAUUUGCACCCCAAGCUGAGAGGGAGAAAACUCCAAUAGCAAUCCUAGACCAUUUAGAGAGAAACACCAAAUUGUUAGGCCCAUAGCUCCAUGUAUUGUACCCCCACCUGUACCAGCACCUGUACCAACAUUAUGGUUCAAAUCUCAACCUUCACAAGCUUCAAACCUGAGGCUUCACAACUCACAGAAUUAAUGCACUGGGCUAAUAGCUGAUAUGACAACUCCAAGAAACACAAAUGGUGCAAUUUCUGCAGAGACGAUGGCUACUACAUCACGACUUCUUAAAUUUGCGCCAACACCCGACUUUAGGCCUCCAGGACUUAGGCUUCUUAAGCACCAUUGAUAAUGUUAAUAGGGUUAUAGAAAUGUGAAUUGUUGUUUUGGUAUUUUGGAUGUCUAAUUUGCAUCUUUAAGACUUGAAGUGAUACAAUGGUAUUUUGGCUGUUUAGUUUUUUUAUUUAGGGCCAUGUUGCUGCCCAUGCUAUGCUAUUUAAACUAUGAAUAGAUAAAUAGCUUGUUAAGUAUCAGUAUGAAUAUAACAUAUGAACUUGUAUGCUUUAUAUGAAA